CUUGAAGAUGAUUAUGCUAACUUCUCGCGAGAUUAUAAGGUGAACGGGGGUUGGAGUGUUUUCGCUUGGCACGCGGGUCAGAAGAUUCUGGAAGAAAGGCUUUGCUGUGAGGCUGCCGCUUGUUCUCUUCUUAAAAGGCUUACCUGGUAGAGGCAAAGAUGGUGAAGGAAACGGGCUUUUACGACACCCUCGGUGUUAAGCCCAAUGCAACUCCUGAUGAACUUAAGAAAGCCUACCGCAAAUUAGCCUUAAAAUAUCACCCUGACAAAAACCCCACUGAAGGAGAAAAGUUCAAACAGAUCUCGCAGGCAUACGAGGUGCUAUCAGAUGCCAAGAAGAGAGAGGUGUAUGAUCGUGGAGGUGAAAAGGCUAUAAAGGAAGGAGGAACAAGCGGCAGCGGCGGUGGUGGCGGUUUCACAUCGCCCAUGGAUAUCUUCGACCUAUUUUUUGGUGGAGGUAGUCGGAUGCACAGAGAGCGAAAAGGGAAGAAUAUUGUUCAUCAGAUCACUGUGACCUUGGAGGAUCUUUGCAAUGGAGCAACAAGAAAACUCGCUGUGCAGAAGAACUGCAUUUGUGAGAGAUGUGAAGGUCGUGGGAGUCGUAAAGGAGCCGCACAGAUGUGCAUGCCCUGCCACGGUACUGGAGUACAGGUGCGCAUGCAUCAGUUGCUUCCAGGCAUAGUGCAGCAGGUGUCCACCGUGUGCCUCAACUGUCAGGGACAAGGACAGAGAAUCAGCCAGAAGGACCGCUGCAAAACAUGCGGAGGACGCAAGAUCAUGCGACAGAAGAAGAUUCUGGAGGUUCACAUUGACAAAGGAAUGAAAGAUGGACAGAAGAUAGUUUUUCACGGCGAGGGGGACCAGGAGCCGGGGUUGGAACCAGGUGACAUCAUCAUCGUCCUCGACCAGCAGGAACAUGCAGUUUUCACUCGGAGAGGAGAAGACUUGCUUAUGUCGAUGGAGCUGCAGCUGGUUGAGGCUUUAUGUGGUUUUAAGAGACCGGUUCAGACACUGGACAGCAGAACUCUCCUUGUUACAUCUCAUCCAGGGGAAUUAAUCAAGCCUGGAGACACCAAGUGUGUCCUCAAUGAGGGGAUGCCCAUGUAUCGCAGACCUUUUGAGAAGGGACGUCUUAUUAUUCACUUUUCGGUGGUGUUCCCGCCCGCCAAUUUCCUCCCCAAGCACAAGCUGAAGGAGCUUGAGCGCUACCUCCCUGAAAAGAUGAACCCCGAGCAGACGGACAGCAUGGACGAGGACCUAUACAUCUACGCUGACCUGGAAGACUGUGACUUGGAGAGCAGAAGAAGACACCGACAUCAGUUCUACUACAUGGACGAGGACGACUGUGCCAGCACGGGCGGCGUUCAGUGCCACACGUCUUAAGUCCCAGCUUGAGACUUUUGCCUAUUCCAAAAUCCCCACUUCUGAUGCAAAGGCACCUUGUUGGAUGUUUGUGCACAUUUUCAUCCUGUUGCUUUCUCUCACUUAAAGAUUUCACUCUAGCUCAAUCCAGAGUCUAGACUCCCUCUUAAUUUGAACUAAUAGUUUUUUUUUGGACUUGAUCUUGGAUUCCUCCUUCUUUCUGGGACCAUAUUUCCAUCUUUUAUUUUUCUAAAGCCCUGUGGUUAAACAUGAGGGCUGGUAUCACAGUGUGUUUAGAGAAAAAAGAAAACAUAACUUGCAUUUAAAGCAUUUACACUAAAACCAAUGCCAACAUUGAUUUAAAAACAGCCUUCUUUUAUGUGGUGUUGCUUAAUCUGUGGUUGUGAACAGCUCGUUUAUGCCUCUGUUGGUUGUUUUUGAAGAUCCACAGGUCAGGUGGAGAGGGAAUACGAGGCAGUUGUGUGUUGAAACUUGAUUUCAUUUUUUUUUUACGCUGGCUUACCCUUUUUAAAGGGCUAUUUUAGAACAUUUCUAAACAAUCUUAAAAAUGUGACUGAAAGGGGUGAGUUUGAAUGAAAGGGGGGCAGUAUUGUUUCAGGUUCAAGCCACUAAAUUGUAGAUAUUUCAGACUAAUAUUUAAGUUUAGUAUUUUUGCUUCUUCUGAGCUUCAAUACUGUCUUGGGUUUGAUGUCAGAUGUGAUCUGUGUGUGUCAAUGUUACUGAAGAAAGUGAUUUACAGAUGUUUUAAACCUUCUGGUUCUCUGGCGGCAUCGGUUUCCUGGACAAUUUGGAGAUGAACGCCAACAGUUGUAAAAAAUCCCCCUGGGUAUAAAGUGCCUGGUAUACCUACCUUGUCAAAUAAAGAUUAACCAAUGUCAGGAUUCUCAAUGUAAAGGCAUUAUCUUCAAAUCAGAAGUAUAUACUGCAUUCAAAUCUGAGAUUUAGAUGAUAAUUUAAAGCAGCAAGUUGAAGAUUUAGAUGUUUUGCUGUUGGUACCGAAGUUAAUAAUUGUGUCAUCCUUGUGAAAAACCCAAUCAGAUCUUGGAAGGUUGCGGAGGGAUUUAAAUUUAGCAAGCUUGAUACCUCAUUGAAGUGUCUGUUUCAACGCCUUAUAACUCAACUUGAAGUAACUUGAUUAUGCAGUGUCCUUUGUAGUGAUGGUCAUUGCCUUGGAUGUUGUGUAACAGUUAUGCUCCCAGAGGGCAUCUUCAAGAGAUCUUCUCUUAGAAGCAGGUUGAUAUUUGAGAGUCCUCAAUGUAUGAGGGGAUGAAACUGAAAUAAGUCGAGUAUUAAUUUAACUUGAUCGAUGUUCGGACCGAGAAUGUGUGUGAUCAUGUUUUGUUAAUAAAUAUUAUGUUGGAGUCUUGUUAAA